CUGCAGCAAGAAAGAAUUAAAAAGAAUGAUCAAAGAAGUAUCUUCAAUCAUGACCUCCUUGGGGAGCUCACUUGGGAAAGUUCCCUGGAUUUGUGGGGGAGAACUGGAUCUUGGUUCUUCUUGCAUUCAGAGAACCAUAUUAGAUGUCACAAAUAUGUUAUUCCUUUGUCUCUUUUACCUUCAUUUGCUUUUAGUUUCAGUCAAAAAAUGUCAAAUUGGUGAGAGCAACAGAAAGGAUAUGAUCUCUAUAAUUGUUUCAAUCUGUUCUGCGUUUAUUAGCAUAGCCUAUGUUGCCACAGCUUCAUGGAAUAUAAUAGCCAAUGAUGGAUUGAAUAAUUUAGGGUGGUUGGUUUACCUUGUUAGAGGAGUGAUUUGGAUAUCAGUGUCAGUUUCCUUGCUGGUUCGAACACCCAAAUGGAUCAAAACUGUCAUCUCUUUCUGGUGGAUGUCUUUCUCUUUAUUGGUUUCAGCCCUUUACAUUGAACUUCUGUUACAAACACAUAACCUUCCAAGUUUUGACAUAAUAGCAUGGCCAGUAAACAUCUUGCUCCUCUUCUGUGCAUUUAGAAACUUAAUUUUUUUGGUUACUAAAAACAGUGAAGAUCAGAGUCUAUCCGAACCUCUAUUAGUCUCCAUGGCGGAGAAAACUCAGGCAGGAAUAGGGAAGGCUAGCUUUUUCAGCAAACUGUGUUUUUCUUGGAUUAAUCCCCUGUUUUCUUUGGGCUACUCCAAAAUAUUAACUCUUGAAGAUAUCCCUUCUUUAGUUAAUGAAGAUGAGGCUAGCUUGGCCUCUGAAAAAUUUGCUAAUGAAUGGGAAUCCCUGGUUAGAGAUAAGAGCUUGAGCAACUCUAACUUGGUUCUUCAGGCCUUAGCAAAAGUGUAUUUCAAAGAAAAUGUAUUGAUAGCUAUCUGUGCAUUCCUGCGGAUAGUUUCUGUAGUAUCUCUGCCUCUUUUACUCUAUGCUUUUGUAAAUUAUUCAAACAAUAGAGAGGACAACAGGUAUGAAGGUCUCUCCAUAUUGGGAUGUCUAGUUAUUUGCAAAGUAGUUGAAUCAUUGUCGCAAAGAAGUUGGUACUUUAGUUCAAGGAGGUCAGGAAUGAGGAUGAGAUCAGCUCUAAUGGUAGCAGUUUAUCAAAAGCAGCUGAAGCUUUCAUGUGUGGGAAGGAGAAGGCAUUCCACUGGAGAGAUUGUGAAUUAUAUUGCAGUAGAUGCCUACCGACUGGGGGAGUUUCCUUGGUGGCUUCAUUCAGCCUGGAGUCUUGUACUGCAACUUUUUAUGUCCAUUGGAGUACUUUUUUAUGUUGUCGGUCUUGGUGCUCUUCCUGGUUUAGUCCCUCUGCUCAUUUGUGGAGUCCUCAAUGUGCCAUUUGCAAAUGUACUACAAAAGUGUCAAUCUGAAUUUAUGGUUGCUCAAGAUGAGCGACUAAGACUCACUUCUGAGGUCCUAAAUAAUAUGAAGAUCAUAAAGCUGCAAUCUUGGGAAGAGAAAUUCAAGAACUUGAUUGAAACUCGACGUGACAAUGAAUUCAAGUGGUUGGCAAAAGAACAGAUAAGUAAAGCUUACGGCACUGUCUUAUUUUGGAUCAGCCCAACCAUCAUUUCUUCAGUUAUUUUCUUGGGCUGUGCCUAUUUUGGGAGUGCACCACUGAAUGCUAGCACCAUCUUCACAGUUCUUGCAACACUGAGAAGCAUGGGUGAACCAGUUACAAUGAUACCGGGAGCUCUUUCCAUUAUGAUGCAAGUCAAAGUCUCCACCGAAAGAAUAAACGCCUUUCUGCUUGAUCAUGAGCUGAAGAAUGAAGUACCAAGAAUAUCACUGCAGAAUUCAGAUACAAGUGUUAUAAUACAAGAAGGCAUCUUUAGUUGGGAUACUGAAUUAACAAUUGCAACUCUUAGAGAUGUAAAUUUGGAAAUAAAGAAGGGACAGAAAAUUGCUGUUUGUGGACCUGUUGGAGCUGGGAAAUCAUCAAUCUUGCAUGCCAUGCUUGGUGAAAUACCAAAAAUUUCAGGAACUGUUUCUUUAUCUGGAUCCAUAGCCUAUGUUUCGCAAACAUCUUGGAUCCAGAGUGGGACUAUCCGGGACAACAUACUCUAUGGAAAACCAAUGGAUGGAGAAAGAUACAAAAGGGCUAUCAAGUCAUGUGCUCUGGAUAAGGACAUUGAUAAUUUUGAUCAUGGUGAUCUCACAGAAAUAGGUCAGAGAGGGAUCAACAUGAGUGGAGGACAGAAGCAGAGGAUCCAACUUGCUAGAGCUGUUUAUAAUGAUGCAGAUAUCUAUCUUCUUGAUGAUCCUUUCAGUGCUGUAGAUGCUCAAACAGCCACAGUCCUAUUCAAUGACUGUGUCAUGGCUGCUCUAUGGAAGAAAACUGUAAUCCUAGUAACUCAUCAAGUGGAGUUUCUCUCUGGAGUUGAUAGAAUUCUGGUCAUGGAUGGCGGUAGACUUACUCAAACAGGAAGCUAUACAGAGUUAUUGACAUCAGGAACAGCAUUUGAGGAGCUUGUUAAUGCUCACAGAGAUGCAGUGACAGUAUUGGGUCCUUUGAGUAAUGAAAAGAAUGGACAACCUCACAAUGCAGAUACGCUUCAGGUGGAGGAGUUCAAUAAGUCUUACCCUGCUAAACAGAACAGUGAGCAUGAGAUUUCUGUAAUGGAUCUACCAGGAGUACAACUCACAGAAGAAGAGGAAAAAGAGACUGGUGAUUUUGGAUGGAGACCUUUCCUUGAUUAUAUUGUAAUAUCGAAAGGAUAUGCUUCUCUAUCUUUAGGCAUACUAGCUCAGUUUGGUUUUGUGAUUUUCCAGGCUGCGGCAACUUAUUGGCUAGCAGUUGCCAUCCAAAUUCCUAAAAUAAGUAGUGGCUUGCUAAUAGGAGUUUAUACAGGAAUUUCAACACUUAGUGCAGUUUUUGUACAUCUUAGGUCUAUUUAUUCUGCCCAUUUGGGAUUAAAAGCUUCUAAGGCCUUCUUCCAUGGUUUCACCAAUGCCAUUUUUAAAGCUCCCAUGCUUUUCUUUGACUCUACUCCUGUUGGGAGGAUUUUGACCCGGGCUUCAUCAGAUCUAAGUAUUCUGGAUUUUGAUAUACCUUUCUCCAUUGGCUUCGUGGCAGCUGGUAGUAUUGAACUUGUAGGAGCCAUUGGAGUUGUUGCCUUUGUUACAUGGGAAGUUCUCAUUGUAGCCAUUAUUGCAUUGGCAGCAGUAAAAUACAUUCAGGGGUACUAUCUAGCUUCUGCAAGGGAACUAAUAAGAAUCAAUGGAACAACAAAGGCUCCUGUUAUGAAUUAUGCAGCUGAGACUUCUCUUGGGGUGGUCACUAUAAGAGCUUUCAACAUGGUGGACAGGUUCUUAAAAAACUACCUAAAGCUUGUUGACACAGAUGCUACACUUUUCUUUCUUUGUAAUGCAGCCACAGAAUGGCUAAUUUCAAGGAUAGAGACACUUCAGAAUCUGACCAUGUUCACGUCUGUAUUUCUCCUUGUUCUACUUCCAAAAGGCUAUGUAGCGCCAGGACUUGCAGGGCUUUCUCUUUCUUAUGCUUUGUCAAUAACUAGCACACAGGUUUUCUCGACAAGAUGGUAUUGCAACUUAUCAAACUACAUAAUUUCAGUUGAACGGAUAAAACAGUUUAUGAGCAUACCAGCAGAGCCUCCAGCAACAAUAGAUGACAAAUUGCCACCAUCAUCAUGGCCCUCCGAGGGUAGGAUUGAGCUGCAAGAGCUCAAGAUAAGAUAUCGUCCAAAUGCUCCAUUGGUUCUCAAAGGAAUCACCUGCACAUUCAAAGAAGGGACUAGAGUAGGAGUUGUAGGAAGGACUGGAAGUGGAAAAUCUACGCUAAUAAGUGCCAUGUUUCGUCUAGUGGAGCCUGCAAGGGGUAAAAUUUUUAUAGAUGGACUUGAUAUAUGCUCUAUUGGUCUGAAAGAUUUGAGAACGAAGCUUAGCAUUAUUCCUCAAGAGCCAACUUUAUUCAGGGGCAGUGUUCGAACUAACUUAGAUCCUCUAGGCCUUUAUGCAGAUGAAGAAAUAUGGAAGGCUUUGGAAAAGUGUCAGCUUAAGGCAACUAUCAGUAAUCUCCCAAAUAAGCUAGACUCAUCAGUAAGUGAUGAAGGGGAGAAUUGGAGUGUGGGACAACGACAACUCUUUUGCCUUGGAAGAGUCCUACUUAAGAGCAAUAAAAUCCUGGUAUUAGAUGAAGCUACAGCUUCAAUUGACUCCGCAACAGAUGCUAUUUUGCAGAGAAUUAUCAGACAAGAAUUCUCAGAGUGCACAGUCAUAACAGUGGCUCAUAGAGUUCCAACUGUAAUUGACAGCGACAUGGUUAUGGUCCUUUCCUAUGGUAAAUUAAUAGAGUAUGAUGAACCUACAAGACUUAUGGGGACAAACUCCGCCUUUUCCAAGCUUGUAGCUGAAUACUGGUCAAGUUGCAGAAGGAAUUCCUCCCCAGCUUUCAGCGGUUAUCUGUGAUG